UGAGUCUUCUGGAGUAUGUGGUGCGCAUGUAUAUCAAUAACUACUGCUCGGAGGUGUUGUCUGUUGACGAGAUCCGGUUCCCACUGCCGGAGCCGUCGGAUCUGGAGAGGGCGUCGGCUAUAGUUUUUGAUGAUAUCGUUGCGGACAUCAAUACUUUGGAGAAUAACAUGCAUUCCUGCGAACGAAAAGUGGAUAAAGUGUUGAAAUUCGCUCAAAAUCCGCAGCACAUCGAGCCGUUUGAGUCGCGAAUGAAGACAUUUAUAGAAAAGGCGAAGAAUCAGAUCCGGGAGAUGAAGGAGAAUGUGGAGGAAUGUCAGCAAAAGUUCCCCGAGACUAUGCAUUACUUUAUAUACAAACCGAAGUCCAGUAAAGAGUGCGAUUGGCCUAAAGAGUUCUUCGCCCAUUGGAUCCCCUUUAGCAGGGAUUUCAAGGAUAUAUUCAAACGCGAGAUCCAGCGGACGAUUAAACAAAAUGUUGAGAAACAGAAGCAAAAAGUGAAAGAAUUGACAGAAAGUAAACAAUUAGAACAACAGAAGUCUAAGAAGAAGAUCACUUCCGGAGGACUAAAGGAGAAGAUAUUGAAACAGCAGAACAAGUCAUGAGAUUAUCAUAUAUUUAAUGUAUUGAUUGGAUGAACGCUUAUUUGGUCUCGAAAUCAAAGUCAAGAAUAUUCUUAUAUUUAUUGUAAAAACUAAUGAUUAACUAAUGGGACUAUAACUUAG